AUGGCAUCAGCCUAUGCAGUUCUUCCACUGGCCCUUUCAGCGCUAAUCUGCGCUCGCCUGUUGAUCAACUGGCUUCGCUUGCGCAAAGCACCCGGCCCAGUCUUGGCUGGCUCCACGGAUCUAUGGCGUGCGUACCAGCAGUACAAUGGCCGGCUUCGAAACGCGAUAUGCGAUCUCCAUGCCCUCCAUGGGCCCAUAGUCCGCUAUGGAGUCCGGAGCAUCAGCAUCAGUGAUCCAGAGGUCAUCAGCGUUGUUUACGGGAGUCGCGCGGGCUUCACCACGGCACACUCGUACGAUGUCCUAAUCGGCAUCCAGAAUGGAAAAGAGGUGCCGAGUCUCGUCAGCACACGCGAUGAGGCACGUCAUGCCGCACUUCGUCGAUCCGUGGCAAAUUCGUUCACGCCGACCGCAGUCUUGGACUACGAGAGUUCGAUAGACGCCACGAUCGGUGAACUUCUUGCUGCCGUUGACAAGAAGGCGACGUUUGAUCUUUCUUCGAUGAUUCUGUGGUAUACCAUGGAUGCCGCGGCGCGGUUCUCGUUCGGCGAACCACUUGGCUGUCUGGCAGCCGAGGGCGAUGUGGGAGGCUCAAUCCAACUGAUUCGCGACCGAUUUAAUCACUGGGGCAGGUGGUCUUCGCUUCCGGUAUUUGAGCGACUUAUAUAUCGGAAUCCAAUUGCUAUGCGCCUGAAGAGAGCGCCCUCCAGCAUGGCUGCCGCCGCAUUGUCGAAGCUAAAAUCAAGAUCGCUUACAUCAAUACAAGCACAACCCGAUCUCCUUCAGAAGUUUCUUAACGCCAGCAGGGACAAUCCUCGAGUUCUGGAUACCCAUGGAAUCAUUGGAAUGCUAAUGUCUACGAUAUCAGGCGCUGGCGACACUACGGCGACGACAAUCGUUGCUACUUUAUAUCAGUUGCUCCAGCAUCCACCAGAGCUGGAGAAAGUUGAAGCGGAGCUAGUCGGGUUGCCUGAAGUACUACCUGCUUUCUCAGACGUAAGCAAGCUGCCGUACCUGAAUGCAGUGAUCAAGGAGAGCAUGAGGGUUUUCCCGAGCAGCACUUUUCCAAUAGAGCGUCUGGUUCCGCAAGGCGGCGUUACCAUCGCCGGGAUGCAUUUUCCUGCGGGCACAAGUAUCGGCUGUUUGCCCUCCGCCAUGCACCGAAACACUAAGAUUUACGGCGAAGAUGCACAUAUUUUUCGCCCAGAACGUUGGCUUACCCCCGAUAAGGAGCAACUUAGACUAAUGGAAGCUACGCACAUGGGAUUCAGCCGAGGGCGACGGGUCUGUUUAGGUCAACAUGUCGCAAUGAUGUCGAUGAAAAAGGUCAUCGCAUCCAUCCUGCUCAAAUACAAGCUGUCUUUACUUGAUCCCAACGGGAUGCUAGACCUAGAUUUCUCGCCAGCAGUAGCUUGCUUGAAGUCACUUUACGUAACUAAACAGGCUAAAUAUUGA